GGACUUUUUGGCGUGGUAGACAGUUCAGGCUGGUCCACACUCCACCGGCAAGAAUGGAACAGUGCACUCCUAAGAAGGAUAUUCUCAAGGAUUCAGAUGCAGUUUUCCAGACAAUCAACAACUUCACAACGAAGCCAGCGAGCCCCAAGGCGCCCACAAUUCAGGACUUUUGCAUAAUUAAGCCAAUCAGCCGCGGGGCAUUCGGGAAGGUAUUUCUGGGCUACAAGGAUGGCACGACGGAGCGCUUGUUUGCCGUCAAAGUGAUGCGGAAGUCGGAGAUGAUCAACAAGAAUAUGGUGUCACAGGUGAUAACGGAGAGGAAUGCCCUGGCGCUGUCACGGAGCCCCUUCUGCGUGAAUCUCUUCUACUCCCUGCAGACGGCAUCGUACGUCUACCUCGUGAUGGAGUACAUGGUUGGUGGGGAUCUCAAGUCCCUGCUGGCCAUGUAUGGGUUCUUCGAUGAGGCCAGCGCCAAGUUCUACGCUGCCGAAGUUGCCCUGGCACUGCAGUACCUCCACAAUCAUGGCAUUGUGCACCGUGACAUCAAACCGGACAACAUGCUCAUUGCUGCGUCCGGGCAUGUGAAGCUCACGGACUUUGGGUUGAGUAAAAUUGAGCUGAGGCGUGAUCUGGAGAUGUCGGACUUGAUUAACUGCUCGCCGAAUCUCAAUGAUCUCAAUGCGCGUACUCCGGGGCAGCUGUUGUCACUCACAUCGCACCUCUCCUUCGGUUCGGUGGAAAGGAGAGGUUGUGGCACGGAAGAUCCCCCUCCGACGUCCACAUUCAUGAAUAUCAUUAACAAUCAUCGUUCAGGGGAUACGGAUUUGGAUUCUUCGCUCACUUCCAACAACAAUGGGGCUGACGACAGCCGGCUGUCCGGCGUAUCUCCAUUCUUCUCAACUGAGAACAUUGAUCCCAAUGUUGUGGUUAGUGCAGUGAGUAGCAUCAAUGGAGACUCCCAAACAUCCUCCUCCUACUACACGUGCAACUCCAGCGUGGGGAAUAGCAACCGGAAGGAAGUUAAUCCAACUGUUAGGUUCAAGAGGAAAUUCAUCAGGAGCAUCUCAAGGUCCCGAGAUAACAAGAGGGACGUCCAUAGCCUCCUUAGUAGUGUCUACGACAGGAAAUACAAGAAUUCCCUGAAUUUGUCACGAUUCCGGGAGAAUGAGGAUUCCGGGAUCUCCAGUAGGAAUCAUGACACCCUGAAUGGUGCCAAUGAGGAGAAUGGAGUGAAAAAGGAACUGGCCACAACCAAGGAGGACGUUACAUCUGACUACUCUCGCAGCUAUGUUGGUAGUGAAGCUGAAUCACCCGUUCUAAACAUUUCCCGGAACUUUAAGCAUCCCAAUUUCAGAGGGAGCUUCAAAAGGAAAAGAAACAUCGAUCCAAGUGAGGCUCAAGCCAGCACAGGGCUCACCCAGGAGAUUGAUACGAUUGAUUUGGGCAGCAGUACGCCGAAGAAGAGGAAAGAAAAGUCACCACUAAAGGGUGUUCUGAAAGCAGUAUCCUUGUCAGACGAUGAGAUGCCAAUAAAUGCAAAUUUGUGCAACGUUCUCGUCUCCACACCAGUGUCCUCGCAGAAAAUCCCCCGUCGCGACGGGGGGUUGCUGCACAAGAUAAAAAGCACGAGAUUUGUUCUUCCUGCAUCGGGAGAGAUGCAGAGGAAGAAUCCCUGCGAUCGCGCCCCAAUGGGGAUUCUCAAGUUGCACGAUGAGCCCGCAAUGUCACCAAUUAGUCGGAAUACCGCACAGAAAACCCCCAAAACGUCCCACACGCCCUUCCGGACGCCCAAAUCCGUACGACGGGGGGUUGCUGCCAUGUCUGAUGAGCGAAUCCUCGGCACACCGGACUACCUGGCUCCAGAGCUGCUCCUGUCACAAGGGCAUGGUCCAGCGGUGGAUUGGUGGGCUCUCGGGGUGUGCCUGUAUGAAUUCCUCACGGGGAUUCCACCGUUCAACGAUGAGACGCCGCAGAAGGUGUUUCAGAAUAUUCUUUGUCGCAACAUUGAGUGGCCCGAAGGGGAUGAAGCGCUCUCAACUGAAGCAGUGGAGGCUGUUGAGGCACUCCUCACGAUGGAGCCCGCAAGUAGACCAUCGGCGAGUCAGGUGCAGGUAAUGCCCUUCUUCCAGGACAUCAAGUGGUCCGACAUUCAAACAGCAGAGCCCCCAUUUGUGCCAAAGCCAGAUAAUCCAUUCGAUACGGGAUAUUUCGAAGCGCGAAAUGUGAUGCAACAUUUGAAGCUGUCCAACUUCGAUGCAGAAGCACUCUGAGCCAUUUGAGCCUUUUGCUGCGGGAGUCCGUCAACUUUUACAAGUUGCGAUUUAUUUUUAUUUUAUUUUUUUUGUCCUCCAAAUCCUAAAUAGUGUUGAAAAAGGUAUCAAGUAGCAAAUAAUAAAAAAAAAUCUUGUAAA